CUCGCCUGCCCGCGGAAGCCUUAUCACUCCUCAGGCACCGCGACACUCGGGCGGGAGGUAGGCGCCUGCGAGCUGUGCUCUCUCAGAGCGACCUCUUCCCGCCUGGGGCCCGGCCGGGCUGAGGGAGCGUCUCUACGGGAGCCUUGGAUACCGCCUGGCCGCUGGAGGAGGAGAAAGUGGAAGCAGAUUCCGUCUCCAGUGGCGUGUGCUUCCGCUUUUCGCCUGGGCACCGGGGGAAGGGUGAAAUUUCUUUGUGCCGGGAAAUUUCUUUGGAGGCCGCCGGAGCUCCGCUGCCUGGGGCCGGGGUCUCAGUACAGCCACUUAGAGAAGAUGACAGAUUUGGUGGCUGUUUGGGAAGUAGCUCUAAGUGAUGGUGUUCAUAAGAUUGAGUUUGAACAUGGGACCACUUCAGGAAAACGUGUUGUCUAUGUUGAUGGAAAGGAAGAAAUAAGAAAAGGAUGGAUGUUUAAAUUAGUAGGUAAAGAAACAUUCACUGUUGGAGCAUCCAAAACAAAAGCUACUAUUAAUAUUGAUGCAGUCAGUGGCUUUGCAUAUGAAUAUUCUUUGGAGAUCAAUGGAAAGAGCCUCAAGAAGUAUAUGGAGCACAGGUCAAAAACAACCAAUACUUGGGUACUGAGCUUGGGUGGUACAGACUAUAGAGUUGUUCUAGAAAAGGACACUAUGGAUGUGUGGUGCAAUGGUCAAAAAUUGGAAACAGCGGGUGAAUUCGUAGAAGAUGGGACUGAAACUCACUUCAGUGUUGAUGGCCACAGCUGUUACAUUAAAGCUGUCAGCAGCGGAAAACAAAAGGAAGGAAUUAUUCACACCCUUAUUGUGGGGGACAGAGAAAUCCCAGAGGCUGUGGAGUAGCCUCUAAGUAAAGGAUUACUAUAGGACUAAGAUCAGAAGUUUUCAAUUACUGUGGUAAUUAUUAUAAUAUGUACUACUUAGUACACAGGUAGUUUGUGCUGGAUUUAUUUCCUAGUUUCUGUAUAUGAAAUUAUUCUUUUUCAGGACCAGAAGAAAAUAAUUAUAUACAACCUCUUACAUUACCAGUUUUUUAAAAACUAUUUGUGUGUGUGUAUAUAUAUAUAUAUAUAUGUAGAAUAUAUAUUAUUAAGUGCAGAGUACUUAAGUGAUAUAAUAUCUACUUAAGUGAACUUAAGUAGAAAUUAUAUACUAGAAAAAA